CAUACCCAUCGUCAUACUGGUACUGGUGGUUUUUUUUAUGUGAAUUGUGGGAAAUGUAGUUCAAUUCAACAAAAACUGUAUGUUACAAAACCCAACAGCAGUGUGCUCAUGUAACCGUCUGCAUAGAUAGAAGUACGUUACGUGUGUCUCGUAACUAAAAAGACAACUACCUCGUCUGCCGUUUUUGUCUGUUAACUUUAGACUAACUCUCUGCGACUUCAAGGUUUAUCCAUUGCAUGUUGCACUACAUUUGGAGGAACUCGUCUUUUUUCUUUACACCAGGGUCAUUCUUGAGGCUCAUUGCCCACAGCAAGCAGAAACCCAUCUCAUCCUGCUUGUCUAAGUCACUCACCAGUCAAACCAUCAUGUCUGGCAAAAAACGCAAGGCAACAUCUGCUGCUAAGGAAUCCAGUGCCAAACAGCAAAAGUUGGCUCCCAUGAAGGAGGAGAAGGGGGAGAAGAAGGAGAGAGCCGGGGGAGAUGAGGAGAUGGAGUUCAACACAAAGCGCCUUCGUUUUAUAUCUGACACUGAGAAGAUGAAGCAGGGCUCAGAGGGUGUCCUGUACUGGAUGUUCAGAGACCACAGAGUGCAAGAUAACUGGGCAUUGAUCCAUGCUCAGCAGCUUGCUGUGAAGGAGCACCUUCCUCUUCAUGUCUGUGUGUGCCUGCUUGUCCCAAAAUCAGAACUGUCCACUCUGAGGCAUUACAGCUUCAUGAUGAAAGGCCUGGAGGAAGUUGCAAAGGAAUGCAAAACCUUAGACAUCCAGUUCCACUUGCUGCAUGGUUCAGCAGGUGAAGUUCUCCCUGGAUUUGUGACCACCCACAGCCUGGGGGCUGUGGUCACAGACUUCUCCCCCCUCAGAGAGCCACUGCAGUGGUUGGAAGACGUCAAAAAGAAGCUUCCAAAGGACAUUCCUUUAAUGCAGGUCGAUGCCCACAAUAUUGUUCCCUGCUGGGUAGCAUCCCCUAAACUUGAGUAUGCUGCCAGGACCAUCAGAGGAAAAAUCACCAAAGUUUUGCCAGAGUUCCUCACAGAUUUUCCUCUGGUGGAGAAACACCCCUACAAAGCAACAAGAACUGCCAAACCAGUAGACUGGGACAAAACCCUAGACUCGCUGCAGAUUGACAGAUCAGUCGGAGAACCGCAGUGGGCUAAGCCAGGCACCAAAGCAGGGAUGGCCAUGCUGGAGUCCUUCAUUGAUGUACGCCUUAAACUGUUUGACACCCAGCGCAACAACCCAAAUGUCGCCGCCCUCAGCCAGCUCUCCCCCUGGAUCCGCUUCGGCCACCUGUCAGCCCAACGGGUGGCGCUGCAGGUUCAGCGCAGUGGGAAGAAGACAGGUCUGUCCGUCUCCUCCUUCAUUGAGGAACUGGUGGUGCGCAGAGAGCUGACUGACAACUUCUGCUUCUACAACAAGAAAUACGACAGCGUGGAGGGUGCAUAUGAGUGGGCUCAGAAGACCUUGAAAGAUCAUGCUAAAGACGAGAGGCCAUAUAUCUACACGCGUGAACAGCUGGAGAAAGCAAAGACACACGACAAACUCUGGAACGCUGCUCAGUACCAGAUGGUCACUGAGGGGAAGAUGCACGGUUUCUUGAGGAUGUACUGGGCCAAAAAGAUUUUGGAGUGGACUUCUUCGCCCAAGGAGGCGCUCUCAAUCGCUCUUUACCUGAACGAUCGUUAUGAGCUGGACGGGCAGGACCCUAACGGGUUUGUUGGAUGUAUGUGGUCUAUAUGUGGCAUCCACGACCAAGGCUGGGCAGAGAGGCCCAUUUUUGGAAAGAUCCGCUACAUGAACUACAAAGGCUGCCUUCGGAAGUUUGACGUACCCCAGUUUGAGCGAAAGUACUGUCCUAAAAACCCUUGAAGCAUGAAAUGCUUUUGAAGGAUGGGAAUAAAAUGCUUGACAGUCUACAUCUCCUACACCUUUACCUCAGGGAACAUUUAAACAGCUUCUCAAGCAGUGGAUUUUCUUUUUCAAAACAUUUUAUCAUUGCUUGGGUUUCUUGUUUCUUUUACUGAAUAAUGUUUUAUAUGUUGACUGCAAGCUGUUUUCUGGUAGUUUAUUGUACAAUGAGCAGUUGCUUAACAUAAGAUUAUGAUCUUAGGUGUUUGCUUAGUAUGCAGAAAGAGCUUUUUACAUUGUUUUAUGUAUUUUACACAAAAGAGGCCUCUUUUCCAAAAAAAUGUCAUCCUCUGAAUGGCAACUGUAAGUCACAAACUAUUUUUGUUUACUAAUGUUCACAGUUUUAUUUUUAUUCAUUUACAGUUGUUCAGCUGCAAGACCUGAAGUAAAGCCUAUGUUGCCUUUAA